AUGUAUAAGAAUGUAUACUUCCAUCUCGUCGUUGUUUGUCUGGUUUUUCCGAUAUCCGUGAAAAGCGCUCCUUUGGAAGCAAACUUGGAAAACCUUUGCGAUUUCUUCAAAAAUAUUACCCGAUUCCAAGAUAAUAAAGAGUCUUGGUGGGAACUGAAUCAAAAUUUAGCUAAAUCCAUUUUGGAGACAAAAAUAUCUUCUUCGGAAUCAUAUCCUUCCUGCAAACAAUAUGUGGCCUCUCUCCGAGAUUUGCAAAACCGUGGGAAUGCCUUAACUUCUUCAAGUCCUUGGGCACAACAAUUUGAAUAUCUUAACGCAUCAUCAGAGAAAUAUAAUAGCGGUCCCUGCUUUGAAACUGAGGGAACACACACUUUUGUGUAUUCAAGUGUCUUAGAUAAAAUGGCAAAAGAUGCACGUGAAUUGAGCCAAAGUGCCAGCGAUCAAAACGAAUAUCACAAUUUAGUGACACAAAUUGAUACAAAUGUGGAUGCCAUUAAAAAUUCCUUAUCUGGAUUCUCGAUUCUCACGCUACAGUAUUUGACACGUUUUCCGUUUAAGAAAUGUAAUGUAACAGUUUGA